CACCACUCACCAAACCACCCCCAACAGAUAGAGAGCAACUGCCAGGAUCCCACCCCAAACCCCUUCAGCUUCUCCCCGCCUUCCCAUCUUCAGGUAAGAUCAGAAGUCAGGUCAGCCACCACGCUAACUCUCACAGAAACGAGAGUCCGCACACGCCACGAAGGUCCGGGAUCCAGGUAGCCACUCCCCGUCUCUCACCCACGCACCAAUACCAGGUAAGACAUCAGAUCUAACCCACCCCAACAUUCACCAACCCCUACUUACACCCCACCCAAAAACACCACACAACCUCAAAAUGUGCACCAUCGGCUACAACACCUUCUGCUGCGGCUGCCGCACCCCGAACGCCUCAACGUUCCGGAAGUGCGAGUACGCCAACCUCAAGGGCCACAUCUGCCCCGAGUUUCAGAUCUCCGAGGACACGAGCCGGUCGCGGACGUUUGACCUCAUGCCGUGCAUGGCACACACUUGAUUCGGGUACCACC